AUGGAUCUCAUUUACGCUGUGUUUCUUGGUGAUACUGGCGAGGUGAAGCGACUCCUGAGUGAUAGGAAUUAUGAUGUAAACGGAAAGUAUUUGUGUGAAUCGACUCCUCUGCACACAGCAGUACUGAAAGGUAGUGCAUACAUGGUGAAACUACUCCUGGACAGCGGGGCUGAGGUUAAUGCCGAGGACUCGUGGCGCAGAACACCGUUACAUUGGGCAACGUGUGGAGGCCAUGAAGACAUCGUGAGGCUUCUAUUGGAGCAUGGAGCUGAUCCUAAUAGCACGGAUGAGGAUGGCGGUACUCCUUUACAUGUGGCAGCAGAUAAAGGCCGUGAAGAUAUCGUGAAGCUUCUCCUGGAGCAUGGAGCUGAUCCUAAUAUCACCAAGGAGUGGGGCAGAACACCAUUAUAUUGGGCAGCAUAUGAAGGCCAUGAGGACAUCGUGAAGCUUCUCCUGGAGCGUGGAGCUGAUCCUAUUAUCACGGAUAAGGAUGGCAGAACUCCUUUACAUUGGGCAGCAUUGUUUGGCCAUGAAGAAUCCGUGAAGCUUCUCCUGGAGCAUGGAGCUGAUCCUCAUAUCACCGAUGAGCACAAAGAAACAGCAUAUGACAUGGCUGUAAAAAGGGACCAUGAACACGUUAAGAUAGUUCUGCAUAGAUAUGCCUUGCCACCAAUACAGACCCAUCUUCUCCGCGAGGUGAUUAUGGCAAUAAGUGAGCACGUUUCUCUCAAAGAUGUCCGCAUGCUGGCACGUGCACAGCUGGGUAUCCCGGACGCCAAGCUAGUUAACAUAGAGUACGAGAACCAAUGCAAUGCAAAGGAGCAAUCCUUCCAGAUUCUGUCACUGCAUGAAAACUUGGCUUUUGUAUAUGCUGAAAGUUGA